AUGGCUGUACAGAAGCUUCUGUUAGCGUUGACAAUCCUCAUCUCCACUUGCAUAUUCGCUCUUUGCUGGGGGUUCAUGAUUAUUGUUUGGCGUCAACAAUAUGUGAUUCUUCCCGACUCCGUCGCCAACCACAUUGCAAGAUAUCCUACUGUACUCACCCUCAUAUCCACUAUGGUAUCCACGAUUCUGUCAGUAAUCACCACGGCUCUUUUAUCGUUCGCUGUCAGAAAGGCAAUCAACCAUUAUAUCACUCGACCCAUAUCCCUGGCCGAACUUCAAACCGCAAUAGCUCUCACCAGACCACAACCCCUUCUUCGAUGGAAUCAUUACAAACUCUCAUUUUUGACGUUGAUUUUUGUCGGUUUGAUUACGCUCCUCAAUUCAAGCUGGACGACGUUCCUAUUGCCGACACUGCUUUUGUGGCCUGUACCGAUCAAUGGCACAGAUCUGGACCUCGCAAGCAGCGCCUUCGAUGUGAAACUAGGUGAUGAAAUUGCUGUGCCAGAAAAUUACAUACAUAAGAAUGGUUGCAAUAUCCUCGAAAUUAUGGCGCCAAUGAGUGGGACUUCAGCCACACAUUCGGCUGUUGUAGGCGGAAGUGACAGUAUCUUCGCCUUCAACGGUGUCUCGUACAACAUAUCCAGCAGUGGCAUCCUUCCGGCGGUCGAAGAUUAUGCAGGCACGAAAUUGCCCCCUGGCAGUAUUGGUCUGGCGUACUACGGUGGAAAAGUCGCGGUCUAUACAUCACUCGUCAAAGACCGGGGCCGUUCCGGACUCACUAGAAAUUAUACAGUGACACAACAAGGUCUUUCGGCGAUUAUUACCUGCAGUGACCUAAGUGACCUUGAUCCAAACGAGUUCUCGCUGAACUUUACAAGUACCAAUUCAUCAACUACAGCUUGGUGGCGAGGGACAGCUUCUUGUCCUCUCGGCACGGGUGCUGGUAAUUGGUCGACGAUGGUGGAUGGAGGUAUUGGCUUUCUUGGUAUUGUUGUUUGUCCCAAUCCGGUGUCUGCGAAUAGUAGAGCCGCAUCAUUCGUCUGCAAUGUAGUACCAUAUGUGGCCUCGUUCGAUGUGACGUACAACCAGACAAUGAUCUCCGUUGAUCAACAUCAACCUCGUGACAUCCAGCCACUCCAGAGCAACGUCACCACCAUUAUAUCGGCCGUAGUGAACACGCUGUCUGGCUCUAGCCAGGCGACGUCCACUAACCCUUUGGCGCUGUUGCUGUUGCUUAGCAGUUUAGACCCCACGAAUUUGAUGAAUGAAACCUUGCAAAACUACUUCCGUGGCGUUGUAGAGUUUUCUGCCACAUACCUUCGUUCUGCCUACUCCGCAGAAGGUGCCAAUGUGAGCUCAACGAUGCAGAACUUGUACUCGGACAAAAAUGCUUUCAAAUCCUUGAAUGGAACUAUGUUUAUCACGACCUACGGUUUGUCCAGCAGACGCCUUACAUACAUCUAUAUUCUCGUCGUCUUCACGGUCAUCUGGGUGGUCACUGUCUCAGCUGCAGUGUAUGGUCUGAUUCAGGAAUGUAUUCACCCACACAUCGGUCCCAUUUUUGAUGCGUUGAACCCAGUUCAUCUGAUGAUGGCAUCUUCGGCGGGGGGACUAGAAACACUUGCAGGAUUUAAAGAUAACGGAGCUUUUGGGAAUGGACGUGCACGAGUGCGUCUUCUAGAUGGUCGAGGUGUGGCACCUGAUGAUGCAGUGAGAGGGAAGGCAUCCGCUCAGCCUACUAGAUUGACAAUGCCGCGGUUCGAGAUUGUACCCGGACCGUAG